AUGGCGUUAAGAAUGGAUUCCUUGAAAUAUGAUCUGUACAUCAUUUUCCCAAUUGGGCAGCAACACAUUUUUGCAGCAGGUAUAUUCUCAAAAGCGCUCCAAGGGAACACAGUUCCCCGUUUAAUCCUGCUGUUCCUUUCCCUUUUUUAUCUUCCUGAGUAUUGCUAUAUAUCCCCAAUACGCCCUACUCAAAACAAGCGCUUGAAAUAUCCCAACGUACUUUACCUCUUGUCUAUCGUUCCCCCAAAACAUACCAUGAAAUGGUCUGCCACAUAUCCUGCAUCCGGAUCACGUCAAGCGCCUGCAUUAUGUCAAUUGAUCCUGCACCCAAAUAUCCAAAGCCUUUCCCACAGUGCUCCGGGUAACACCACAGUAAAAAAAAUCAGUUUUGUGUCACUGAAAAAUUUUCUUUUAGCGUCUCACUGA